GCAUUGUUAAUUCGAUGUUCGAAUGAUAUGAAAGUGAUAUCGUCGAGUGUUUCGUUAAUUAUUAUAAAAAAUAAUUAAAGAUUAAUUAUCACGAAUGAAAUUUUAUGCCAAUUUUCUGGAAAAUGAUAUAAUAAUGCUAAUGCAUAGCCUCACUAUAAUGAAUUUCCAGUUAUUAAAUUUUAUCCAAUUUUUCAAAUAAUGAUAUAUCUCUGUCGCGAGUGUAUGCAAAAUGGUUUUUUGUGCUCUUUCAAAAAAUAAUCAUGCAGGCGUUCUGAUAUUUAUUCUAACGAAUGGUGUGCUCUUCGCUCAUGGAUUUAAUCUUGAAACGAGAUUGCCCUCGGUGAAGCAGGGACAUAAUGGUUCAUAUUUCGGAUAUUCGGUAGCAGCUCAUCAAAUUCAUGAUGAAGACGGACGAAUCACUGAUAGAUUGAUGUUAGUGGGAGCUCCUUUGGACAAAAAUUUGCAACCCCAAACAACAAAAUCAGGAGCUUUAUGGAGAUGCCCACUAACAAACGACCGUAACGAUUGUAUUCAAGUUAUAACCGAUGGUCGAAGAGCCGAGGGCGGUGUCUACAAAACAACUAAAGUCGACAACGAUGAAUUAUCACCACCCAAUAGCGAUGAAGUAAAAGAUGGUCAGUGGCUUGGAGUAACAGUAAAAAGUCAAGGACCAGGCGAGAAAGUUUUGGUAUGUGCUCACCGAUAUGUAUCUGGUAAUUUCUCAUGUCGUGGAUUAUGCUACAUAUUGAAGCAAGAUUUGGAACUCGAAAAACAUUCCGAGCCAUGUCAAAGUUUACAAGUGGGUCAUACAAAAUUUGGAAGUUGUCAAUCGGGCACCAGUGGUAUGAUUUUCGAAGACGAUAACGUAGUGAUCGGAGCGCCCGGGGCUUUAAACUGGAGAGGAGCUGUUACAAUUUUGAACGUCAACGACGAUCCUCGAAGAGAUAAAGAAGUUUUUACAGGGCCUACUGACUCGUGGAACGAGAUAAAUCCAUAUGGUUAUCUAGGUAUGUCCGUGACCGGUGGAUAUUUCCUGGGUGAUAACAUCUCGGUAUUUGCUGCGGGUGCUCCUCGCGGUAACGAAACCGGCCAAGUUGUAUUGUUCGUUAAGAGACAAUCGACAGGACCCAAAGAUAAAUGGAUACGGUAUUUAAUCAUAAACGGCGAACAGAUCGCAUCCAAUUUUGGCUAUCAAGUUGCCGCAGCCGACUUGAAUGGCGAUAAACUGUCUGAUCUCAUUGUCGCGGCUCCUUUCUAUUUCAAUUUAAAAACCGAAGAAGGAGGAGCUGUUUAUAUUUAUAUGAAUGAUCCUGUCUAUCAUUUAAAUAGAAGUGUUCCUGUAAAAUUGACUGGAAAGCUGGAGUCGAGAUUCGGUCUGGCUAUUUCAUCAUUGGGCGAUUUGAAUCGCGACGGAUGCGAUGAUUUAGCUGUCGGUGCUCCUUACGAAGGAAACGGUGUGGUGUACAUUUAUUUAGGCUCUCGUAAUGGGCUUAUCACAAAACCUAGUCAGAUAAUAAAAUCGGAGACGAUUUACAAUAGAUAUCCUCUUUAUACCACGUUUGGUUAUUCGCUGAGUGGCGGUGUUGAUUUGGAUGGAAAUGGAUAUCCUGAUUUACUCAUCGGUGCUUAUGAGAAUGAUACUGUGGUGUUAUUAAGAUCUCGACCUAUCAUAGGCUUCACUACCAAAGUUCAGCCAGAGUAUAAUUUAACAAAUAUUGAUCCUAAUGUGCGGAAUUGCUUGAUCAAUAAUACCAAUUAUAUAUCUUGCUUUUCGUUUGAAACUUGCUGCACAAUUACUUCUGUCGUGCAACCUUACACGAAUCGUAAUUUACGAAUCCAAUUCCAAUUAGAGGCGGAAUCCUUCGAAGGAAAAACCUCUCGAAUCUGGUUCGAUGAUUUUUACAAAAAAGAUCACAUUAUUACGAAAGAAUUAAUAAUGAACAAUAAAACUGAGCAUUGUGAUAGACAUACUGCUUAUUUGAAGGAAAACACUUUGGAUAUUCAAUCUCCUAUAAAAAUUCGAAUGUCGUAUAAACUUAUACAUAGAGAACCUGAACAAAGUUCCGGUAGAGAUUUACUGUCGUUGGAUGACUAUCCAAUUUUAAACCAACAAGAGGCCGAUAAAGUGUUCGAAGCUACGUUUUUAAAGGAUUGCGGUAGCAAUGACAUAUGCGAAAGUCGAAUCAAUUUGACGGCUAAUUUAUUACUCGAUCAGUUGGGUAUAAAAGAUUCUGAUCCAAAUAUGUAUCAAUUGGCCCUCGGUGAACGGAAAAGUUUGAUAAUGAAUGUUACCAUCAACAAUAGCGGUGAAUCGGCUUAUCAAGCUCAGCUUUUCGUUCAGUUCCCCAAACAAGUUACCUAUAAUCAAGCUUACUUAAUCAACGACAAAGAUCGUUAUAUUUGUCAUUCGAAGUUGGAUACGUAUGUAGUAUGUUCGUUGGGAAAUCCUUUAAAACAAUCAGCUCAUCUCGAUUUACAAAUUGAAUUCGAUCUGGAAAACGUCAACGGCUCGGAACCGUUAUUAGAAUUCAAUAUUACCGCCAAUACUACAUCUAAUGACAGAAACGCCGCUUCAAAUAACUUGAAAUUCAAAGUACGAGUUGUUGAAAAGCUUCAGCUAUCGAUUAAUGGUUAUUCGAUUCCGGAAGAGAUACCAGAAAUGCAGAAUACCGAACUGAAAGGUGAAUCUGCCAUCGAAUACGUGGAAGAAAUUGGAAACAAGGUGAUACACUAUUACACUAUUUACAAUUACGGCACGUGGAACGUCUCCAAUCUACGAGUGGAAUUUGAAUGGCCAUAUCAAGUAGCUAAUGAUAAAAAAGAAGGCAAAUGGUUAUUAUAUCUCGAUGAACAUCCUGUGGUCGAAAACGCUAUUGGUCAAUGUGAUAUAUCACCAAAUGACGUAAACCCUUUGAAGAAAUUGACCGGAAGACCGGAAGAAUUGACCGCCGCUAAUUUUUCCAGUACAAAGAAUAUAUUUCCUGUUGGAGACAAGUCGGGUUUCAACGAAAAGACCGAAUCGUCUUCAAAUGCCAAGUAUAAUCGAGUAAAACGUGACACCGAAAUGACAGUGACUCCUGAAACGUAUUAUAAAGAUGGUAAAAAAUACAAAAUCGUGAAAAUGAAUUGUAUACUCAAAACGGUGAAAUGUUUGAAAUUCAGUUGCGAAUUGAAUUUAAUCGAAAGCAAACAGUUCGCUAGUAUUAUUAUCAAAUCGAGAUUAUGGGAUGCCACCUUGAUCGAAGACUACAGCGAUGUGGAUCUAAUAAAAAUAAGUUCUCGAGCAAAAAUGCAUAUACCCAGUUCCUCAGUUACUCUACAGAAUAUUUAUUCGGACGAGUUUCUGGUUGAAACCUCUGCCAGAGUAAAUAUACGUGGACAACAAACACCAGAAUCCAUUCCAUUAUAUUACAUAAUAGGUGCCAUUCUCAUCGGUCUACUGAUGUUCAUUUUACUCACAUUGUUGCUUUGGAAAUUAGGUUUUUUCAAAAGAAGAAGGCCAGAUCCUACUUUGAGUGGAAACUUGGAAAAACAUAGGUUAGAUGAUUGAUAGUCCUGUAACAUGGUUUUUUUUUAUACAUGUAGUAAGUAAGAAAACGGUGAUUUACCUACGUGCCAGUUAACUGCCACUUCCUGUGUAUGUAAUACUUUUUGUUUUUUAAUUUUUUAAAGAUUCUUUUUACUUUAAAAUAGUGUUUUUACUCGUCGCAGAGCAGUCGAUUCUAGCUUAAGCUAUAUUGUUGUAUUGUUUUACUAAAAAGUGGGUUAGUAUUUAAGAAGGAGGGUUUUUUUCUUCGCUGUCUAAGACAUUUAUAUUUACUUUAUUAUGUUUAACGCGUGCAAAAACUUUCCAAUUAGUGUUAAGAUAGGAUAUCCAGGAGUCUAUGAAUAUUAUUACUGUUACUUAAUUAUGAUCGUUGAUUAUUGCAUUUAUACGGCCAAUCGGUUAAUUUUAUAUUUUUAGCCUAUACGGUUUUUAUAAAUUUUUAAUUCAAUUAUUUUUAACAAUAUUUUUCAUGUACUUACGAACAUUGUUUUGUAUUUUUGUGAUUUUUUUAAUGGUUUUAUUUUUACGCCUUCGCUUAGUGUAUAGUUUUCUUAAUGGACUGACGUACGUACAUAGCACAAUUUAUUAUUUUAUUAUUAUUGUAAGAUUUUAUACUCUUCAAGAUGAUGUCCUUUUGUAAAAAAAAAAAAAAACAUUCGUCCUUUUUUAAAUCCAUUUUAUUCUCAAAGUUUUUUGCCUUGUUACCAAAUUUCAACCAGUAUUACCUUAAUGUUUUCUUUAUUUAUGUGAUACGGUUCACGUUUUAAGCGAGUUUAUACAAUUUUUUAGGUGCUAAUGUUGCAUUUAAACGACCCAGAUUAGAUAUUUUCGACGAAAAUUUCAUCUUACAGUGUUAGAGAAGUUUUGUAUUUAAGGGAUAUAGUUGUUGUAAUAAAGGGUUAUAGGAAUGUACAGGAUUUCAUGGGUCCAAGAAUUAUUUCAAAGAAUAAAUGUAAUAAUUUUUCCUAUUUUAAUUUAGUCAUUUUGUAAUUAUUUUUCAAUGCCAUAUAUUUUCGAAUAUUUUACUUAGCCAUUUCGACCAAGUUUCGGCAGCUUAUUUUUAAUCAGAACUCAUUUAUCUUAUAAAAACGUAAUAUGAUACAAAGUAUAUUUUUGUUGUAAAAAAUUCUCUUGUAUUUAUUAAGGAAAAAUUGCAAUAAACGUGUAUUUUUUUGUUCAUAA